UCAAGUACCAAAAUGGCUUCACGAAAAAUUGGAAAGAUUUUUGCGGACAAGUCUGUUUUAUUCCUCUGUGAUAUGCAAGAUGGAUUCAGAAAAACAAUCAAGUACUUCCCCCAGAUUCUGGAAGUAUCAAACCGUAUGCUAGGUGCCGCAAAAGCGCUUGACAUACCCGUAGUUGUCACUGAACAGUAUCCAAAAGGACUUGGACCAACAGCCAAGGAGCUUGAUGUGACUGGUUUGCCUGUGUUUCCAAAGACAAAGUUUUCAAUGUUGAUCCCCGAGGUCGAAGAUUAUCUAAAGAACCUCAAUAAAGAUUAUCAGUCCAUUAUAUUAUGUGGCAUAGAGACACAAGCGUGUAUUCAACAAACCACAUUAGAUAUGUUAGAAAAAGGAAUUGAUGUACACGUUAUUGUCGAUGCGUGCUCAUCAAGAAGCAUGAUAGACAGAAUGUUCGCGUAUCAGCGAAUGAAGGAUGCAGGAGCCUUCCUGACAACGAGCGAGGGGAUGCUUCUCAACCUCUGCCAAGACGCCAAACAUCCAAAGUUCAAACAGAUACAGAAGUUAAUCUGGGAUGAGGCACCAGACAGUGGACUAUUGACGCAUAUGAUAACUGGAGCUACAGAACUGUGAUAGGAUAAACUGAUGAUAUUACUGUAAAAUCGGUCAGGAGCUGUUCCAAUUUUGACUGCUGCCACAUCUUCAUGACGAAUCGUCCAUAUGAAGCUGAUGCUAUCCCCUGCCCCCUUCAAGGUUUAUCUUACCUCGCAAGUAACAGUGUAGUCUGUAAUGACGUAGCUAGUACACAUGGAAGCUCAUAUUGUUCAAUGUUGCAGUGGCUCCUAAUAGAUUUUACAGCAAUGCUCUGCAUGUUGAUAUUAAUAAAUUGUUAAACUGGAGAAUGACUUAAUAAUUUUGGAGGAUGUGCAUAUUGUGAUGAUAUUACUGUAAAAUCGGUCAAGAGCCAUUCUAGUCGUCUCAACGACAUCUCUGUUUCUGUAAUGAUAUAGUCCAUUAUGGAAAAGGUGCUGGCCCCUUCAAGGUUGCAAUGGCUCCUGAUUGUUUUUACAGUAACGUUGUGCAUGUUGACAUUUUGUAAUUGUUGAUCUGUAGAAUGAGUUCAUUUUUCGAUUGAAACAUCAUUUCCCUAUGAUCAAAUCUUGAUACUGAUGAAGACAGAAACCAUUUUCAUGUUUCAUUUUGAUGUUUUUAGGAACUGGUACUUAAAAUCACUUGAGGAACUGGAAUGAUAACCUUCAUGUGUAGGAUAUCUUCAGAACUGGAUAUUGUUUUCAAAUCAGAAUCCGAGAGUCCAAAGCAUGGUUGCCCAAUGAAUCAGCUAGUCACUCAUGUACCUUUUAGGGAGGUCAGUAACCAUGGUAAUGGCAAUUAUAAUCAAAGUCCGGCAUUCAGCCAAUAUGAUCAAGUGCCAUUUGUGUUGUAAAUUAUUAUGUUUGUUAUUAUUAGGAGUCAUUUCUGUAAUAAAUUAGUAUUU